GGCGCAUGCGCAUCGCUCAGCUAGUAAAUUGGCGACGUGUACCGGUGCGGCUGUGAAGCCAGGCAUCUCACCUCUACUGGGGGAAAACAACUGCCUGAAAACCAUUAAAAGUCCAACACAGCGGAACCAUGGGAGGCUCGCAAAGUGUGGAGAUACCGGGAGGAGGCUCAGAGGGCUACCAUGUUCUCCGGGUUCAGGAGAACUCGCCGGGCCACCGGGCAGGGCUGGAGCCUUUCUUUGACUUCAUUGUUUCUAUCAAUAACACCAGACUGAACAAGGACAACGACACCUUGAAGGACUUAUUGAAAGCCAGUGUUGAGAAGCCGGUGAGGAUGCUGGUGUAUUCCUCUAAGACCCUGGAGCUGAGGGAGUCCACUGUCACCCCAAGCAACCUGUGGGGGGGUCAGGGUUUGCUUGGCGUCUCCAUUCGCUUCUGCAGCUUUGAGGGAGCCAAUGAGAAUGUUUGGCACGUGCUGGAGGUGGAGCCAAAUUCUCCAGCAGCUCUGGCUGGCUUGCGGCCGCACACUGACUAUAUCAUUGGCGCUGACACUGUUAUGAAUGAGUCAGAGGAUCUCUUCUCUCUGAUAGAGACCCAUGAGGGGAAGGGGCUGAAGCUCUACGUGUACAACACCGACACUGACAACUGCAGAGAGGUGGUCAUCACACCUAACAGUGCCUGGGGAGGAGAGGGAAGUCUAGGGUGUGGGAUUGGUUAUGGAUACCUCCACAGGAUUCCAACCCGGCCUUUUGAAGAGGGAAAGAAGAUCAGCUUCCCUGGAAACACUUCCAGUGAGCCCGUCAGCCCGCUAAAGGACGGAUUCACUGAGGUCCAGCUUUCGGCUGUGACCCCUCCUCCUACUGCACCUGCGGUCCCGUCCGGGCUGGAAGAGUCAUUAUCCAGCCUGUCGAUUAGCUCAGCUCCGCCCACCAUACCCAGUGAGCUGCAGACAGGUCUGCCUACAGUUCCCCUGCUUCCCACCUCCUCCAGUCCCUCCCUCACCCCCCUUUCUCCUCUGAAUCCUGCUGCCACCAACUUCAACCCUGCCACCACGCUACCAGGUCUGAUGCCCCUACCAGCCGGCCUGCCCCCUCUCCCUAACCUGCCCAACCUCAACCUGGCACUGCCAGACCUCAGUGCCGUGUCGCUACCAGGCAUCAGCAGCCUACCCCCGCCAGCAGGAACCACAGCAUUCCCGCCCUUAGCUCCACUCCCACCCCUCAAUCUGCCUGGUCUUGCCCCGUUGCCCCCUCUGCCCACUGUCCUGCCCUCCCAGCUGCCUCCUCUUCUGCCCCAGGCAGUGGCCCCUGUCCUCUCCACCUCCACCACUGCCCCCGAAGCCUCAGUCACUGUUACGGCGCCCGCUGCCCCUGAGGCCACUGCCGCCACACCUGCAGUCACCAUGGAAACCGCCUCCACAGACAUCACGGAAACACAGGACCCUACGGAAACAACGCAAACGUCAUCAUAACAUGACAAAGAAAUUCACUCGCCAUCAAACCAAAACACAUACACACACACACACACACACACACACACACACACACACACACACACACACAGUUUCUCUCUUCCUCAGUCUGUCUUUAUGUGUUUCUCUCUAUUUAUUUGGUCAAGAGGGACAGGCAGACAGCGGUGCCCGUUCAGACUUGAACGUCGGCAUGUUGCAGUCGUGGAUUGUGAAGCUUGUCUGGAGCUAUGAAGGAUGGAUGGAUAAGAGGAAUGAGGAGUGGAUGGUAGGACAGAUGUAGGUUUGUCUUACCAACAUGUCUGUGUAACCAGAUUAAGUGUCAUAUUGCAUAAAGACCAAGCAGCACUGUGGCUUGCUUAAGCUGCUGUAUGAGGAGGACGAGGUUUACUUUCUGGCUUCUUGUGUGUUUCACACUUCUGCAGUUACAAGGUGGCAAAUAACUCUCAAGACUUUUUCUCCUUUCUGAUCUGGCAAUCCUUUGCAUUUCACCUUGGGUUUCUUUUAUAUAUACUGUAUAUGUAUAACCUCCUCCCGGUUAGAUACCUGACCAAUAGAUUUUGUUUGAUUCUGCCAUGUAUUGAUUUUUUUUGUUUGAAUCACUGUAUGAUUGUUUCCACAUCAUAAAUGGAUCUGCAUUAUUUUGCACCAUAUUUGUGUUUUGAAAUUAUUAGGCAUGUCUGUCCCUUUGUAUGUCUCCAUAUAUAUUCAUAAAACUACAAGGGUGGUAACAGCCAAAGGCCAUGCCAGAAGGGACUGGAGGUUUUACGUUACAUGAGCUACUGAGCAGAAUGCAUGUUUGCUAUUGGGAGAUCAUUAGAUAUGAUAAAACAUGGGUGUUGGUUAUUAAAAAAAAAUAAUAAAGAAAGAAGAAGAAAGUACUUGGUUCUUCCUGGCAUGGCCUGGGUGAGAGGGGCCGCGAAGUUGCAGUGAUGCCGUACAGCCACAAGGUGUCAGUGUGACAUAACUAAAAAUUCAUGUACAGUGCGAGCAAUAAAGCCAAAACUAAUUUUA